AUGGCGGACAAUGUCCCCUCCGAGCCAACGUCCCAUUCCAAGGCCCAUAUUGCCGAAGCUCCCAGUUUCGUGCACGCUGAGAGUAACCAAGAACAAAGCAAGUUCAAAAAUGCCAAAAAUGCCGACGGCGAUACAGCCAUGGCGUUGUUUGACGACCCGUCCGAGCUCCACGAAGAGGUUGAUCCUGCAGAAGCCAGGAAAUUGCUGUGGAAGAUUGAUCUUAUGAUUCUUCCUUAUCUGGCUGUUUGCUAUGCUUUUUUCUACAUUGAUAAGACAACCCUAAGCUACGCAGCCAUCUUUGGAAUUCGGGACGACCUUAAUCUCCAUGGCACUCAAUACAGUUGGCUGAGUAGUAUCUUCUACUUUGGGUUUCUGGCUUGGGCAUUUCCGACCAAUUUCUUGAUGCAGCGAAAAUAUCUGGGGGUGAAUAUCUUCAUGUGGGGUGUUUUCCUGAUGAUCCAAGCUGCCUGCAACAGCUUCGAAACCCUCGCCGUCCUUCGAGCCCUUGGCGGUGCCGCAGAAGCCUGCUCAGAUCCCGCCUUUAUGCUCAUUACCAGUAUGUGGUAUACACGACGUGAGCAGCCCGUACGUCUGGGACUCUGGUAUACAGCCAACGGACUCGGGAUUGCACUUGGUGGGCUGUUGGGCUACGGAAUCGGUCAUAUUCGCGGUGCGCUGCCAUCCUGGAAAUACGAGUUUAUCAUAAUUGGCGCUCUCUGCGCUUCCUGGGGGAUUAUCAUGUUUAUCUUCCUACCAGACUCCCCUGUCACCGCUCGCGGCCUAAGCAAGAGAGAGCGCCGUAUGGCUGUUGAACGGUUAAGGGAGAAUCAGACGGGUGUUGAGAACAAACAUCUCAAGCCAUAUCAGAUCCUUGAGGCUUUCAAGGAUUACAAGCUCUACAUGUUCUUCAUUCUGGGGGUUGUUUGCAAUGUCCCCAAUGGUGGGAUUUCGAAUUUUGGCACUAUCAUCAUCCACGGAUUUGGCUUUUCGACUCUAGUGACGACUCUCAUGCAGAUUCCUUAUGGAUUCAUCAUCGCAAUCUCAAUCCUCGCAUGCGUCUAUUUGAACGACCGCUUUGAAAAUCGACGAUGCGUGUUUGUUCUCAUCUUCUUGAUUCCAAACUUGGCUGGCUCUUUUGGCCUUCGAUUCGUUCCUGUUCAGCACAGUGUGGGCCGAUUGAUUUGCUACUAUCUAACAGGACCGUAUAACGCUGCCUUUGUGCUCGUCCUUAGUAUGCAAAUUGCCAAUACAGCUGGUCAUACCAAAAAGGUUGUCACCAACGCCGUUCUGUUCCUGGGUUAUUGUACAGGAAAUAUUGCCGGCCCAUUCUUUUAUAAGUCUGAACAAUCGCCAACUUAUGAGCUUGGAAUUUGGUCCAUGAUUGUCUCACAUCUCAUUGAAGCUGUCCUGAUCAGUAUUCUUGGCCUACUACUCCGCUGGGAGAACCAGAAGCGGGAUCGCCUUCAGUCCCAAAUGGAGGGUGGACUUGAGGGAAGAGAUCUGGAUGCAACUGCGUUCUUAGAUUUGACUGAUCGUGAAAACAUGAAGUAUGCACCGCCCCAUAACGUUCUAUUUACUUCCCUUUGA